AUGGUCUCCCUAAACCUCGUCCGCAAAUCAAACGCCGCCCUGCGCACCUUGACAUCCCCUCCAACCACCCCAAACAAAAUAACAGCGCUCUUCGUCGGCGGCACAAGCGGCAUCGGCCUCUCUACACUCCGCGCAUUAGCGCGUCACACAGAAGGAAAAGCAUUGACGGCAUACAUCGUCGGCCGGAGCGAAUCGCGCGCGAAACCAGUCCUCUCGGAAUUGCAGAGUCUCAGCCCAACAGCAAAAUUCAAGUUCAUUGAGGCGGAUGUGAGCCUAAUCCGGAACGUCGAUAGGGCUUGUAAGACGGUCCUGCAGAACGAGAACGGUCCAGGCGGGAGCGGGAAGUUGGACUUUCUGUUCAUGACGCCCGGUGGGAUCUCGGUGCCGUUCCGGGGGCGCGAUGAAACACCCGAGGGAAUCGACCGCCUCUUUUCCCUGCGCUACUACGCGCGCAUGCGCUUCAUCCAGAACCUCCUCCCCCUGCUCUCCAACACACAAGGCAAAGGCAGAGGCAGAGUCCUCUCGAUCUACGGCGGGGGCUUCGAGCACCGCAUCAACAAAUGCGACCUGGACCUAAAGCACAAGCACACAUUCUCACUGUUAAACGCCUACAAGCACAGCAUCACCAUGACCUCGCUGGCAAUGGCACACUUGGCGAAGGUCAACCGCAACGUCUCCUUCAUCCACGCGUUCCCGGGCCUCGUGGGCACGAGCAUCUACAGGAAUUCGUUUCCGGGCCCGGUGGCGAAGGUGUAUGAGUAUGGGGUUUGGCCGCUUUUGUGGCCGUUUAGUGUGGGGGUGCAGGAGAGCGGGGAGAGGGGGCUUUUUCAUCUUACGUCUGGGAGGUACUCGGCGAGGAAUGGUGGGGAUGUGGGAGGGGAGGAGGGGGAGGUUGCGGUGGGUGUUGAUGGGGUGAAGGGGGGUGGUGCGUAUCUGCUGAAUUGGAAGGGGGAGGUUAGGGGGACGACAAAUUCCUUGAAGGGGUAUCUGGAUGAUGGGACGGAUGGGGUUGUUUGGAGGCAUACGGAGGCGCUGCUGGGGGAGGCUGCUGAGAGGACAUUAUGA